AUGCCCCGAGACGCUGAGGCAGAGCAGGAGCUGAGCACGGAGAGCAGGGAGGACAAAUCCCCGCGGCAGAACCUGGUGGCAGAGGCCGUUUGGAGCGGCUCCACGGCGCAGGAACCCAGCGGGGAGGAGAAGCCCCGGAGAUGCCGCACGAGGAGGGGCUGCAAACGCAGAUGGCGGGGAUCUGAGGGGGAAAGAGCCAGCCUGGGCCGGGAAGGCGGCCGGAGAUGGAGCCAGAGCUCGGAGCUGGGGCUCCAGGAGCAGCUCCAUGAUGGGGAGAAGCCCCACACCUGCGUGGAGUGUGGGAAGAACCCUACGAGUGUGCGCAGUGUGGGAAGAGCUUCAG